AUGGCCACCACUUCGUUUGAGUUGGAGGAUCAGACAGACGAGGAUUUCUUUGACAGAUUGGUUAAUGACGACAUUGAUUUUACUGGAAAUGUGCCUAGUACUGUACAAAACAGUGAGCCUGACGAGGUCAAAGCUUUUUCAAAAUUGAGUAUUUCAGAAGCCGGUUCUCUAGGAGUAGACAUCAGCGGCAAUGGUGGUUUUGGGGUUAAUGGUGAAUUGGGUCAUGAAGAUAGGGUUGUGUUGGAAUCGUUGGAUCCACUUCAGGACCCUGUAGAAGUUGUUAAAGAAAGCAAGUCACCGACGCCUGAUUCUAAAAAUGAGUUCAUUGCAUUGAAUGAUAUAGCCGAUAAUGGAAAUGAGGCUAGGGCAUUGGAGGAUAAAGCAGAUGAUAGAAAUGAGGCUAGUGCAUUGGAUGAUAAAGCCAGUAAUGGAAAUGAGGCUAAGGCACUGGAGCAUAAAGGGGAGGAAGGUGCGGUAGAUGGGGCAGGGAGUACUAGCAUUGUAUCAGCGGAAACUGGUGUGAAAGUAGUUCAAUGGAGUUCGUUUAACUCAGAUUUGAAACCUUCUGCUGGCAACUCGGAUUUUUUCAGUGAAUUUGGAGAUUACUCGGAAGACCCAUUUGCAAAUUUGGGUAAUACAGAAAAAUCUUGGGCUGAGUCGGUGGUCACUAAUGGUGUUUUGGAGAACUCGGUUGCUGAUUUAGGUGCUUCUAGUUACGGGCAGAAUCAAGAAGGUCAGCCUUGUGGGGCUAUUGAGGAACAAAAUUUAGAUGGGGAGGACUUGAAUAGUAGUCAGAAUUGGGAAAAUCUUUACCCGGGAUGGAGGUUUGAUCCAAAUACUGGGCAAUGGUAUCAGUUGGAGGGUUAUGAUGUGAGUGCCAAUACAAAUACAGAUGUGAACGUUAAUGCAAAUGCUCAAGAGAGUUUUAAUGUAAAUUCUCAGUCUGUAGAUAAUGCGGUUUUUUCAGACCAGAAAGAAGAUGGUUAUUAUUUCCAGCAACCAGCGCAGUCUGUUUCUCAGAGUGUGGCCCAGGGAAGUGAAACUAGCACUGGUUCUAACUGGAAUGAGCAUUCUUGCGGGAACACAGAUUACCCUGCACAUAUGGUUUUUGAUCCCCAGUACCCCGGGUGGUACUUUGAUACAAUUGCUCAAGAAUGGAAGCAGUUGGAGUCUUCCGCUCCAGCUUCUGAUCAGUCAACAAGUGUGGAGCAUAAUCAGCAAUAUCACAAUACCAAUGUUGAGAAUCAUGGGUCACAGAGUCUGAUCAAUGAACAAAAUGUUGCAAACUGGGGUGGAUCUAUGAGCACCUAUGAUCAGCAAAGUGCGAGUAUGUGGCAUACUCAGAAUGUUGCCAAGAGCGACACUGUUAGUUUUCCUGAGAAACAGCAGUAUGCAACCCAGUAUUUUUCAGCCGAGCAUGUAACUAAUUCUGUGAAUCAACAAACAGGAUUCAAUCCUUCUGGAUCAAUUGCUCUUAAUGAAGAGGUAAGUCAUGGCUAUGGUAUCAGUGGUGGGGUUGGUGGGUUUGAAAGCUUUCAUCCUGCAGGAAACUUUUCUCAGCAUCAGAAUCAAGCGAAGGAGCCAAACCAAGUGAUGAGUUUCUCACCUGCUAACUUUGAUUGUCAGAAGCCAGUACAUUAUUCACAGCAGCCAGUCCAGAGUGGAAGUCAGUUUUCUCAUGAGGCCGGUAUGGGGAGGUCGUCUGCAGGACGACCUCCACAUGCUCUAGUUACUUUUGGAUUUGGUGGGAAACUUAUAGUCAUGAAAGAUAAUAGUUAUUCUCCUGCGAACAUGACAUAUCAAAGCCAGGACUCUGUAGGAGGUGUGAUUAAUGUUCUCAAUCUGAUGGAAGUUGUUGUAGACAAAACUGAUGCUGCUAGCUUUGGAACUGGUUGUCAUGAUUAUUUCCAUGCAUUGUGCCAACAAUCUUUUCCUGGCCCUUUGAAGAGGGGACCAUUUGAGGUUGCUUUUCUCUUACUAAAAAUAGCAUGCCAAUAUUAUGGAAAACUUCGAUCUCCCUUUGGCACUGACCUGGCAUUGAAGGAAACUGAUAGUCCCGAGUCAGCUGUUGCUAAGCUUUUUUCCUCUGCUAAGAGAAGUAACGAGUAUGGUGCUCUUAUGUGCUGCUUGCAUAACUUGCCUUCUGAAGCACAGAGUCAAGCUACUGCUCUUGAGGUACAGAAGCUUCUUGUCUCUGGUAGGAAGAAAGAGGCUUUACAAUGUGCACAGGAAGGUCAAUUGUGGGGUCCUGCACUGGUCAUUGCAUCACAGCUUGGUGAUCAGUUUUAUGGUGAUACUGUGAAGCAUAUGGCUCUAAACCAGUUAGUAGCAGGAUCACCAUUGAGGACGUUGUGCUUGUUAAUUGCCAGGCAGCCUGCAGAAGUGUUUUCCAAUGCCACUACAGAUAGCAAUCUACCUAUGAAUGUAUCACAACAACAUACACAGAUUGGGGCCAAUUACAUGUUAGAUGAAUGGGAAGAGAAUUUAGCCAUCUUAACUGCAAACAGAACAACAGAUGAUGAGCUUGUUAUCAUCCAUCUUGGAGAUUGCCUAUGGAAGGAAAGGGGCCAGAACACUGCUGCACACAUAUGUUAUUUGGUUGCAGAAGCGAACUUUGAGCAAUAUUCAGAGAGUGCAAGACUGUGUCUUCUUGGUGCGGAUCAUUGGAAAUUUCCACGAACAUAUGCCAGUCCUGAGGCUAUCCAGAGGACAGAAUUGUAUGAAUACUCAAGGGUUCUUGGAAAUUCUCAGUUUCUCCUACUUCCUUUUCAGCCAUAUAAGCUUAUUUAUGCCCACAUGCUGGCUGAAGUUGGAAAAGUUGGAGAUGCUCUGAAAUACUGUCAAGCAAUUUUGAAGUCUUUAAAAUAUGGUCGAGCACCUGAAUUGGACACAUGGAGACAGUUAGUGUCAUCUCUGGAAGAGCGGAUAAGAGCCCACCAGCAGGGUGGUUACAAUACAAAUUUGGCCCCAGCCAAACUGAUGGGAAAAUUGUUUACUUUAUUUGAUAAUACUGCUCAUCGUGUGGUUGGAGGCCUGCCUCCACCUGUACCUGCAACAUCACAAGGCCAUGCUCAUCAACCAGGAGGCCCAAGUGUAUCCAACAAUCAAUCAACAAUGGGUAUGUCUUCAUUAAUGCCUUCAGCAUCAAUGGAGCCAAUAAGUGAACGGACUGCUGAGAGCAAUCAACUGAAUAUCCCCAAUAGAAGCAUUUCAGAGCCAGAUUUUGGGAGAAGCCCAGGAAAGGUUGAUGCAUCCAAGAAAGUGGACUCUUCUAAAACACAAGAAAAGGCAUCAACAUCUCGUUUUGGUAAUUUUGGCUCACAGAUAUUCCAAAAGACUCUGGGAUUUGUCAAAAGAUCCCAGUCAGAUCGGCAGGCUAAAUUGGGUGAAAAGAAUAAAUUCUACUAUGAUGAGAAACUUAAGCGAUGGGUUGAAGAAGGUGCUGAACCUCCAGCCGAGGAAGCAGCCUUACCACCUCCACCACCAACUGCAGCCUUCCCGAAUAGAGUGCAAGAUUACAACAUAAAUGACGCACUGAACACCAAAAGUUUCGAUGCAGUUGCUGGGCCACAAAUCAAAAGCCCGGUGCCCCCUGAGCAGAGUUCAGGAAUACCACCCAUCCCACCCAGUUCAAACCAAUUCUCUGCACGUGGACGUACAGGUGUUCGCUCAAGGUAUGUUGAUACAUUCAACAAGGGUGGUGGGACCCCAGGAAGCUUAUUUCAGUCACCAUCUCUUCCAUCUGCCAAACCUGGGGUUGGUCCCAAUCCCAAGAUGUUCAUCCCCACUGCUGUAACUUCUUAUGAGAAGACAGUUCAAACACCUGGAGAAAGCGCGCAAGAGCCAUUGGCGACCAUCAACAAUCCCCCAAAAUUAUUUCAGGAUGUAUUCCCUACUCCACAAACAUCAACAUCAUCUUCAAUGACCACUAUGCAACGGUUUCCUAGCAUGGACAACAUUGUACAAAAGAGAGCAGAAGAAAUGGCAAAUGGCAGUAGCUUUGUUCCCCCUGAAUCGCGCCGUGUAGCAUCAUGGAGUGGAAGCCUUAAUCAUGCUAGCAAUCCUUCUAUGAGGAAUGAAAUAAAACCUCUAGGAGAAGCACUUGGUAGGUCUCCAUUGUCGCAUAUGCAUAGUGGUCCGCCAUCAUUGCAGUCUUCAAGAAGUGGUGGGGCGGUGUCACCUGAUCCUUCUGCAAGUUCGGUGAUGGGGAUGACACAGAUGGGGAGUUCAGUAAAGAGGCUUUUGUCCUCAAACCAGAAAGGACAUGCGAUGGCAUUCUGUACAGGCCAACAGAUUGCCCUGAGGAAAACGAAAGGGGCCUUGAAACGGAAAGUAAGCAGCCCUUGUACCAAUUUGGGAGGGAAAAUUGCUUAG